AUGGGUUCCCGAAUCGACAAGCGAUGCUUUGCCAACAACCUGCCCGACUAUCGAGAAGGCCAAGACGAGACCAUGCCGUCACCCCAGCUGAGGACGCGGCUGCAGGGGCAGUGCACGUCGCUCAUCGGUCAGAUCGAGACUCAUCUAUCGCGGACCCACGGCCACGACGAGGGCAGCGUGUAUGUCGACGCCCCUGGGAUGGCCUACAUGUUCAUCCAGGUGGCCCUGCGGACUCGGAAUGGUGACUAUUUGGUCAAGGCUGACAGGGUCCUGGACGCCGCUUCGCAUCGAGCAGCGUCUGUGUCGCGGUCCAUGCCUGAGCUGAGGCCAUCCAUCAUGUGAGCAAAGCAACCAGAGGAUAGACACACAGAACACAACACGCCUCCUUUCUGCAUCAACGUCAGGUGCGGCCCUGCCGGUGUCCAUCUGCUGCAAGCUCUGAGCGCCAUAGCUUCCCUCCAGCUGGGCAGGAGGGGCACAUCCAAGGACGCCGUCACGGCUGCCGUGUCGACUUACCUCUCCCACACACCAUCGGCCCUCCACCACACGGACAGUGACGAAUGGCUCUACGGCCGCGCGGGUUUCCUCGUCGGCCUCAUCUUGAUCAAGCAGAGGCUGUCCAGUAUCGGUAUAAAUCGGACCGUCGGCGAGGUCGACACGGCGGUGCAUCAGGUGGCCGAGCGCAUGUUAGUCUCCGGUCGGCACUACGCGUCGCGGCACAGGAGCCGGUCGCCGCUCAUGUACGCAUGGCAGGGGGACGAGUAUCUGGGCGCGGCGCACGGCGUCAUGGGCAUACUCUAUGUGCUCAUGCACGUGGACUCACUCAUGGGGGGCACACAAGGGGCCAAGACCGGGGCCAAGCGAGACAUCCGAAUGGUACGCAGUCGACCAAAGACGCCGAAUGCAUGCACGCACUUUAUGCAUGCACGCACUUUACAGACGCAGCGCGGUUUGUUUGUUGUUUAGGCAUUGGAGUAUUUGUUGUCGUUGGAGACGGCCCAUCACAACUGGCCUGCUGUGGUCGGCGAGACGGCCGAUCACCUGGUGCAUUUCUGUCACGGGGCACCUGGAGCUAUCCUGAUGUUCGUCAAGGCCUACCAAGUAUGUGCGCACUCCGACAGAUAUCACUCACGCCGACCUGAUGGGCAGGUGUGAUGUUGGCAUCAUGUGUCGACAGGUGUACGGUGAUGUUCGCUAUCUGCGUGCGGCCGAGCGUGCGGGUGAGUGUGUGUGGCGAUACGGGCUGCUGCGGAAAGGCCCCGGGACCUGCCACGGAAUCGCUGGUCAGUGGGGCAGACAGGCACGAGGGAUCGGUCUCGUUGUUAUUGUCUGCCUGUGAUGGUGGCUGUGCUGUAUCAAUGGAUCAGGCAACGGCUACGUGUUGCUGACUCUAUUCCGCUGCACGCGCCACCGCAAAUGGCUACACAGGUACAGUACAGUACCCACCUGCGGACGGCAGGCAUGAGCAUCUCUGUUGGGUGCACACACUGCACGUCGAUCAGGGCGUGUGAGUUUGCCGGGUUCAUGUUCACGGACGAGGCGCGGCAGGGCAGCCGCACGCCCGACAACCCUUUCUCACUGUACGAGGUGCCUCCCCACACUCCCGGACACACACUCAGAUGAACACAUACACGAUUGUGUAGCUGAGCUGCGGAUGGUGUGUGUUGGUGGGGGGCAGGGUGUGGCUGGCAGCGUCUGCUUCCUGCAGGAUGUCACGCACGACGUGGAAAGCGCUAGGUUCCCUCUGUUCGAGCUAUCGUGAUGCACUGACCUUUGUGGUGUCCCAUGGAUGGAGGGAUGAGUGGGAGGAUACUUCGUUGGGGUUGCGAUGAAUGCCGUUGACACCUUUACGCGCACACGUAUGUCGAGUCACUCACGUCAAUACGAGUAAGUCAUUG